UCGAUCUUUUUUUUUUUGUUAGUAAAGUGUGUGUUUGAUUUUGGCGCAAGUGUAUUUCUUGCUUUUCUGUUAGAUAACAUGUGACUCUUGGCAAUGUUGUGUGUGUGAGAGAGUGGAUUUCCAGAGAGUCAGAGAGGGAAGUUGGGAAGUUUCUGAGCCAUCAGCACGAGUAGAGUAUCGCAGAAAGCUCGUGGAUAGUCAAAGUGUAUGGACGUCUUUUGUGUAAAUCUCCUGUUUUUUCGUGGUGGAGUGUGUCAUUUUGAUUUUUGAAAAAGAAACGUCUUUCCGUUAGAGAAUCUCCACGGUUUUUUUUUCGUCCUCAAGAUUGAAUUUAUAAGAAAUUCCCCAGUCAAAGAACUGGAAAUCUUUGCUGGAAAUUGUGCCAAUGGUCAGAAGACCUGUUGAAGUUGAGUGUUGUAGGAAGAAUUGUGUUGUAUUUGUUUUUUUUUUUUUUGCUAUUUUUUGGAAGUUUUAAGUGAGAUUCCGGUUGGGAAUUUUGCAACAUCAAAUACGUCAUUGUAUUUCAUCUCCGUCUCUAACAUAUCAGCAGCCGAGGUGUAUUUUCUUACUGUGAACGAGCUAACGAAAGAAAAAAAUAUCAACCUUGACUGUAUAUAGAGUUAACAAUUCUCUAUUGCUCACAUUUUUUUUCUCUCCAUCGUGUUGACUAUCAAUAGACAAAUUCCACCAAUACAUUUCUCAUAGUGAAUUUGUGGUGUUUUGAUAAGAGAAAGCCAUCCACGACUUUUCGGUGACGACACAGUGUGGCUUCUGUGAGGUUCUGAUUAGUGUCCCAGUAAUUGCCUUGCCAUCCUACCGUGACUGUUUCAAGUUCAGGGGGUUUGAUUAGGGGGAGUAUAGCCGGUGCUAUAAAAAAAAAAAAACGCCGACAUCCCUAGCAGAGUGUCUCAAUCGCUAAGGCACAGAAAAAACAACAUACUUAUAGCCUAAUGAGCUAUGUAAUUGGCAGGCUGACUUAAUGGAGAGACUGCCCUGAGUAAAUAGCAAAAAUUUUGUGCAGUUGUGUGAGGUGCUACAGUGCCUGGUCAGAAUAUUACGCUCAAUACUCCAGUGGAGCAAGUUCAUCUCUGAUUCGGCAUCAGAAACAUAUACGAACGCAUAAAAAAAUCGUGGAUUUAGCUCCACCAAUAUCAACUUUUUGGAACACCUACAGGCGGUGGGAGCCAAUUGGGCUGUGUGCGUGCCACGGAAAGCCGCAUAAAAUCCAGUUGAACGAGAAUAUCGCUGAAUAAGUUUGGAGCAUAGGGAGCCACUGAUCUUCGAGAGAUCGGCAAGAUAAUCAUUUGGUGGUGGUGCUCCUUCAAUGUUGGAUAAUUGGAUUUUAAAUGUGGGCCGAGGAAUUGUUAGUCAAAAGUGCCAUUUCAAUGUGUGUUCCCAAAUGUUUAGACUCUAUACCUAUUCGCUAUCACCUCUAAUUUACCAUCAAAUUUAGAGGGUGAUGAAGCAAAACAAAAUAAGUGUUAAUUUUGUGAUGUUGCUGUAAGAAAAAGUUUAUCGUGAUACUUGACAAAAGAGAACUAAGACGUAGUUACAAAAAGAAGUUGUCCAAUUUUGUUGGAGCUUUUGUUUGGGGAAUAUAAAGUUUGUUGGGUCUUAUUUGUUGGAAGCUGCUCUAUCACUGUCGCAAAAAUCACCUGAAUUUUCGACAUCAUCUGCUUCACCACAAUUCACAGAGAUGGAUCAAGAUGAAAUAGGAGACGUUCCACUUGACUUGGACAAUGCAAUAUGUCUUCAAGAUGAAAAUUCACAGAUCAAUAUAAGUGAUGUCAUUGAAGUUAUCCAGACAACCGAUCCUGCAUCAGCAUCUGCAAUGUUUAAGAACGGCGAGGGAUCAUCCCAGACACCACAGUCACUUGGCAAUAGUACAAAUGCAACGAGUCACAUAAGGCAGAAUGCAUAUGUGAAGAUCACAGAACAACCAGCCCCAAAGGCGCUGAGGUUCCGGUAUGAGUGCGAGGGCAGAUCGGCGGGUUCGAUUCCGGGUGUCCAUAGUACACCCGAAAAUAAGACAUUUCCCAGCAUUCAAGUGGUAGGAUAUCGUGGCAAGGCCGUCGUUGUUGUGUCGUGCGUCACGAAAGAUCCACCAUACAAACCACACCCGCACAAUCUCGUAGGCAAGGAUGGCUGUCAGAAGGGUGUGUGCACAGUGGCCAUAAAUGAGGAUACAAUGAAUGUCACAUUUAGCAAUUUGGGGAUUCAGUGUGUCAAGAAGAAGGACAUCGAGGAUGCUCUCCGAAUUCGUCAAGACAUCAAAGUGGAUCCAUACAAAACUGGAUUCAAUCACAGGGACCAACCCUCGAGCAUCGACCUGAACUCAGUGAGACUCUGCUUCCAGGUGUUUGUGAUACAUCAGGAGGAGUAUGUUGCUCUCCCGCCAGUUGUGUCGGAUCCUAUAUUCGACAAAAAGGCCAUGUCUGAUCUCGUUAUCUGCAAACUCAGCCAUUGCUCAUGCAGCGUGGCAGGUGGUCAGGAAAUGAUACUCCUCUGUGAAAAGGUUGCCAAGGAAGACAUCCAGGUGCGAUUCUACGAAGAGAAGGAUGCUCAGGUGGUAUGGGAGGCAUUUGGGGAUUUUCAGCACACAAAUGUACACAAGCAAGUGGCGAUCUCAUUCAGAACACCACGAUACCGGACACUUGAAGUGGAUCAGAUAGUUAAGGCAUUUAUCCAAUUGAAACGACCAUCCGAUGGAGCAACUAGUGAUCCUCUGCCAUUUGACUACGUACCCCUUGAUUCAGGUAGGAAAACAUUCUGGUCACUGCGUCAGGGUCUGAAUCUCAACAAGAGGAAGACCUCAACCUCCCUCGAGGAGACUUUUCAGCAAAUUCUCGCAACGGAUCGAGAGAUGUUUGGGGAAAAGGCGUCAAAUGGGGUUGUAGGGGAUGUUGUUGUUGUGGACACACAGGUUGUUGAAACACCGCCGGAGAACAUUGUAGAUCCGCCAGUUAAUAUAGAGCAGCAGCAGAUGGCAAAUGAGAAAAUAACUGAAUGGAUGAAGACAAGUGAAUUUGAGGCAUCUGGAGUGAAAAAUGAUGGACGUGAGGACGAAGAUAAAACACUAAAUGAGCUUCUUGAUCAAGUGGCAGAACUCGAUGAGAUCUACACUGAUCAUCAACUUAGACAGCAGAGUAUCAUUGAGAAUGAAUUGUCUUGUCUAGAGAAUUCUAUGCCAAAGUUGCCCGGGAAAGAAGAAUCAAUGGAUAUUGAUGAUAUUUUUGAUGAUGCUGCUACAUACACAAGCCUCCAGAAAGCCUUUAAGAAUCCCAUUACAAUUCCCAUGGAUGAUUACCCUGUGCCUCCACCACGUCCUCCCCAUUCGGCGAAUUUCUACGAUCACGUUGAGCAGGUGAUUGUUAAUCCCCCAGCUCCAGUGAUUGAUGUGAGUCCGUCGAAGGGGGAUAGGGACGAAGGUGAAAAACUUCCUCCACUUCCGCCCAAGAGAGUGAAAAAAACUCCAGGAAGCACCCCAGUUCACGAUCCGCAAGACAAGGAGAAUGACUCAACUAAAUUAAUUGGAUCUGAUUUAGAAAGUGGACUCAGUAGCUUCUCAAAUAGCCGCCGAAGCUCAACACGAUCCCUAACACCACGUCCACCAUCCCAGAUUAUCAUUAUGAGAACACCAGAACCUGGACAGAGGCCCACAAGUCCCUCCAAUAGUCAAUCCAAUACCUUGCCCAAACAAAAGAAACCCGGUUUCUUUUCCAAGCUCUUUUCACGACGCAAGAGCAAGGGUGAUACUGGUACUGUCUCACCCUCAAGCAAUAGAACUUCUCCCAAUUUAUCCCGGGAACCCAGUAUCACAAAUUUCAGCUCAAAUGAUCCCAAUCGAGCUUCCGUCCGCUCCCUCAAAGUGCCCACGACCACACGAAAGACGGGCAAACCCGUAGCACGUAGUGCCAGUUCUGUGUCUGGAAAGAGGCCCCAUCUCAGUCCAGACAUCAUUCACAUCCCUCUGAAGGGUGAAUCGUCGAAUUCACUCAAUUUGCGUAGUGGCAGUGGUACUCAUCUCUCCUUCCCUGGCAAUGAUCUCUACGAACGUGCCUCCACGAUCACGCUCAACAACAAUGAUCGCAAGACAAUGUCAGCUCUCCAGCUGGCUGACUUGCCCCUGCAGGACGGGAAUAUGGAGUUGAUUGCGAUCGCCGAUGCACAGAGCUUGAGAAAUUUGUGCGAAGGUCAAUAUGGUGUUCAAUUGGACCCCAGUGUUGAUCUCACUGAGGCUGAACACUAUGCUCUGUACACAUCAGUAGCACCCCAUGCCACUCAGAGUGAAUUCGACGAGACUUCCGCCUAUUAUGCCCCCGUGGAAGCUGGUGAAAUACUCACACCGGCCGAAGUGGCCAAGAGACUCACCAACAAUCUCUAAAGGAGCUCAAUUUUUGGAUUACAUUGCCCCCCAAAUUGUUUUCCCUUUUGUUUUGUUUUUUGGCGGGAAACUUUCAGAAUGGUUUAAGUUUUGGAUUAAAAUUGAAUCGAAAUGAUAUGGCGAGGCGUUGUACAAAAUUUACAUGUUAAUAUUUUUGAUAAAAUGUCUAUUAGCAGAUAAAAAAAAUUGAGACAAAACUACGAAAUACUGUAACUUUAAAAAAUUAAUCCCAUAUUUUUCAGAGAGAUUUUAUUAAACUUCCUGAAAAGGAUCUGGAAAAAGAUAAUUUUAGACCACGCCUCCUUCAAGAGUUAUGGUUUGUGAAAACUUGGAAAUGAAAAAUUUGUUUUCAAAAAUUGAGUACCGUAACUUUUAUCGUCCCUGCGAAAACUUUAAUAACUUUUAUUUAGAAAAAUCUACUGUAUACAAGGCAGUAACUUUUUGGACAGUAUUUCGCACGAAUAAUGUCAAAAAAAAUAUAGACCACGCCCCUUAAAAUCAUUUGUAUAGAGUUUUACAAAGGUUAUGACAUGCUCAGUACUUCUAACAAAUGUAUAAUAGGGUGGAAGGAACAUCCGUUCGACAGGGAACACCUAUUGGAAAUUUGUUCAAAAUUUUGAAAUAGAUGUUCAAAUUUCAUAACUGAAAUGAUACAAAAUAGGAUACCAGGGAUACCAGUAAGUCAUGACACAAGUUCUUAAAGUGCCAAUAGAUAUUCCUUUGACCCUAAAACAACGAAGACUUAACUCGUAAAGCUCGCGAUAUUUAUCUAUAAGCUUACGUCAGUACUCUACGAAUAGCGAGAAUAUUUUCAAAUUUUUUUGAAUAUUACGAAAAUACUUGGAUGGUAAAAAUUAUAAAUUUUGGGGAGGGGCCAAAACUAUAUACAUAUAAGUGUGGCUUCUAAAGAGACUUAAAUAACUUAAAACUAUAUUAAUUGGUCCACUUUGGAUAUAAUUUAAUUUUGUAUUUUAUAGGGGGCGUGGCCUAAGUUUGAUCCCUAAAUUUAAAUAAUUUAAUCAAGUGCGAGCAAUUUAUUCGAAUUGUAUUGCCAUAUUAAAAAGAAAAUUGAAUAAUUUAACUUUAAUUUUUGCUGGCUUAUCGCUUAAAGGGCGGAUCUUGCCUAAAAUCUCUAAAACCGGCUUUUAGUAAAGUUUAAUAUUGAUAUUUAAUACUAUCUUCCUGUGAUAUAUGGAAAUAAAAAAUAGAGUUACAGUAUUACAUAGGCGUUCAAAAAUUGCAAAAGAAACGGUCUCCAAAGCUCUAAAACCCUCUGAAAGCCCCAUGUAUUGUUCUUUGGUGGGAAUCUUAAAAAUUCUUACUCUUCAAAAAAGUCAUAUCAAAUGCAGGAAAAACAAGAUUCAGCUUUUUUACACUUAUUUCUAUUUUUUUCUUUUUUGUAGUACUUAAGCAUAAGCGACCAAAAAUUGAGAACAGGGACAUGCUUUACAAAAGAACACAAGAACACAAUAUGUCAAGGAAUCCCCAGCAAACCCUCAAUAAACCGGAUGGUAGUAAGUGGCUUUUCUUCUCCUCAAAUUCUUUUUUCAUAUUUCAUUGGGGGUUGUGGGGUAGUUUCUGUCCCAAUUUCUCAAAAACUAACCCAGAGGUACUUUUAUUUUGUACUUUAAAAUUUUUACUAAGAAUCCGUGAAACUUGGUUCUAGUCAUUUCACAUUUUUUUUUUAAAUAUUUACAAAAUAAAAGUAGUUCUGCGUCCUUCAUUAGCUUGGUGGUGGAUUCGAUAAUUUGUAUAUUUUUGGUGGUAGAAUUUUUGGGAUCAUGUCACAAUGUGUUUCGCUCCUUCUUUUGCAGAUGGGAUGAACUAUAUAAUAUUUUUAAAAUUGGGAAUAUCUCGUAUUUUAGUGCAUUUUUGCUCCCCUUUUUGUAAUGGAACAUUUUAUUGCAAUGGAACCAUUUUUUAAUGGAAGGUCUUGGCCAAAUUUCAAAAUUGCAGGAUUUGUUACGCGAUUGCCCAAAAUUUAAACAAAAAAAUUGUAUAAAGACUUUUUUAGCGAGAUUCCUGGGUAACUUCUCCAAUUAUCAAAAGUUCUGAACUAACAGAAAAUUUAGGAAAUAUAAUAAGAGAACUUCGAAAUUUUGCAAACGGUACCAAGAAAGGAAAAUCUCGUUUUUUUUAAAAUAAUACUGUUGACUUUGAAGUGGGCAAUCUCUUUUUUACUAAAUCCUGCAGUUUAUUUAAAAGAAAAGUGAACUACAAGACCCUCCUAAAACCCCGAACGACAAUUUUUAUCUUUCGAUAUUGUCCUGGUGACAAUGACAAAACUUAUUGGUAAUAUUAGGUAAAGAACAUGCUCUUAAAAAAACCUAGUGAAAAAACUAAUUGUAAGAAAUUGAUAAACCAAAAUAGUAUUUUUUAUAACAACAAACCAUUGAUAAAAAUAUUUUUAAAAUAAUAAAUUGCAAUCAUAUCCUGAAAUUUUAAGAGAGAAAAGUAUAAAAAAAAAUUGUAAUUUGUGCGAUUUAAAUCGAAUUAUAUUUGACAAACAAAAAUAUUAGUCAAAAAAAGUACUUUGUAUGUUUAAAGAAAUUUUAAGAAUUUCUCCUCAAAUUGUGGAAAGUUAUUUGUUGAUGAAUUUUUAACAUUAUAAAAAUUGUUUUUUCUUGACAACAAACAAAAAAGAAAACUAAGAAAAUAUUGUAAUUUUAGAGAGACAAAAAACAAAGAAUUUAUUAAUAUUAAAUAAGAAUACAAGCAAUUUCUUAUAGUGUUAUUAAAUGUUAAAGUAAAGAUUUAGAUGAAAUUAUUAUGAUUAAAAGGAUUAACAAAUUAAAUUAUAAAAUCGCAA